GAAGAAGAGAGGUCGAGGCGAUGAAAGGAUGCCUUCGUCUAGACGACGAGGAGAGGACGUCCAGGAAGGGCAGCAGCUUCCGAGGACGAUAGCCUUUAGGCUCGGCGUCGCGCUCGCUCUGCUGCUCAUUCUCCUCGAUCAUUGUCGGGUGAGCUGCUUGAUGAGCAACUCGGUAGAUGAUUGGGUGAGCAGCAGCAUUGUGAGAUGCAACGGGAUACCAGGAUUGACCAAAGAGCAGCGCGAGCUCUGCCACAGGAACCCGGACGUAACUGUGGCUGCGGUGAAGGGUCUGCAGAUGGCGAUAUCCGAGUGCAAGCACCAGUUCACGUGGCACAGGUGGAACUGCUCCUCCCUCACGACGAGCAGCGUCACUCAGCACAGCAGCGUCAUGCUGCAGCGAGGCUACCGGGAGACGGCGUUCGUGUAUGCCAUAUCCUCGGCUGGGGUGGCGCACAGUGUGUCACGCGCCUGCAGUAUGGGCCGGUUGAUAUCCUGCGGUUGCGACCCCUCGAGCUACACGGGCAAGUCGACCAAGUCAGGGGGCGGCAGCACCCAGUGGAAGUGGAGUGGCUGCUCCCACAAUCUCGAGUACGGCAUGGAGUUUUCCAAACAGUUCCUAGACGCCCGCGAAGUCGCCGGCGACAUACAGUCCACCGUCAACCUGCACAAUAAUCAAGCAGGGCGCAACGCGGUGGCGAGCAACAUGCAGGUGCGCUGCAAGUGCCAUGGGAUGUCGGGCUCCUGCGAGCUUAAGACCUGCUGGAAGGUGGUGCCGGACUUCCGCAUUGUCGGGCGGACCCUGAAGAACCGCUUCCGCAACGCGGUUGCCGUGGCUCAGAGUAACUUUGGAAACGUGACGCCGCUGAAUCGCGUGCGGGGCUUCCGGAGGCGCAACCGACUGGAACACCAUCGCAACCAGCAACGGCAGCGCAAGCACCGUAACAGCGCCUCGGGCCUCGUCCCUGGCAAUGCACCGGGACGAAAGGGCCGCAAGGUCCAUCAGCUCGCGGGCCAGCUCUUCUUCUUCCAGAAAUCGCCCAACUUUUGCGAGCGGGACUCCCAGGCGGACAUCUCGGGCACCUCAGGGCGCAGGUGCAACCGGCCGAGCGCAGGGGGCGACGGAUGCGCCUCCCUCUGCUGCGGCCGUGGCUACAACGUCGUGCGCCAGCGCAGAACCGAGAGGUGUAGCUGCAAGUUUCACUGGUGCUGCUUCGUACAGUGCCAGAACUGCACCGUCGAGGAGUGGAUCACCGUGUGCAAGUGA